CCCCGGCUGCCGUAGUAGGAGCUAUAGCUGCGAGAGUUGUUGAAGGAGGAGGAGGAGGAGGGACCUCCGUCUGGAGUCUAGCAACACUUAAACCGUCGACAGGCAGCGUGUGAAUAGUGAGGCGUCAUGGGCAACACUGGCGACCGCAUGGCUGCAGAGCGCCAUGGCGCCAAGGCUCAUCGCUCGGACAGUGGCGGCAGUCACAAAGACCAGGAGCACGGUGCUAAAAUGGUGGACAGCACAGACGACCCCAACAUCUUCAACACCCACGGCCCAGAGUCAAAGGUGUCAGAAGAGAAGGAGUUCACCCCGGAUCUGGACGACCUGGUGAAGACUGGACCUCAAGCUCGACCCACUGUCAUCCGCUGGGCCGGUGGAGGGAAGGAGGUCUACAUCGCUGGCUCCUUCAACAACUGGAGCACCAAGAUUCCUCUCAAUAAAAGCCAUAAUGACUUUGUUGCGAUUUUGGACCUGCCUGAGGGAGAGCACCAGUACAAGUUCUUUGUCGACGGACAGUGGGUCCAUGACCCCUCAGAGCCUGUUGUCACCAGUCAGCUCGGCACCAUCAACAACCUGAUCCAGGUGAAGAAGUCUGACUUUGAGGUGUUCGACGCCCUGCAGCUCGACUCUCUGGAAUGUUCCGACACGUCAGAUCUGUCCAGCUCCCCACCGGGUCCAUACGGGCAGGAGCAGUACUCCUUCAGGCCCGAGGAGCAUUUCAAAGCUCCUCCCAUGCUUCCUCCUCACCUCCUGCAAGUCAUCCUGAACAAGGACACCAAUGUAUCGUGUGACCCGGCUCUGUUGCCUGAACCCAACCACGUGAUGCUGAACCACCUGUACGCGCUUUCAAUCAAGGACGGCGUGAUGGUGUUGAGCGCCACGCACCGCUACAAGAAGAAAUACGUGACUUCUCUGCUCUACAAGCCGAUCUAAACCUCACUCUCUCGCCUGCUUUUUCAUGUUCUGGAGAGGGGCAUGCUCAGACCUCUCGUCCCUCUCUGUUGCCAAAAAUUGCACUGAAACAAGUUUACAGGUGUCGAAAGACACUUGAUCCUACUGAGGGCUAGUAACGUAGCAUUGUGUCGGUCCGAGAGAUCCAAACACAACUACUGAAGGGCUGAUCACAUCACUGUGUGUGUGUGUGUGUCUGUUUUUUAAUGCAUGUUGGUGUGUGAUGAAUUUGUGUCUUGGUUUUCAUUCUCGAGUUCUGAAAAAUAAGUCAUUGAAGGGUGCAAUAAAAACUCCUGAUGGUUCUUUAUGUGAAGGUGAGACAGAGGCUGAGGUGUGAAAGGGAAAUAGUUCUGAAGGUGUUUGGGACUCAAAAUGGUUUUUGUUUUUUUAAACUAUUUACAUCUGAGUUUGGAGUUUUGUCUUACGGACUUGAAUGUUGGCGUUGCUAGUUAAAUGAGAUAAUGUGUUUAAAGAGCACAUUUUCAAAUAAGAAGUUAUGGAACUAACUUCAGAGAUGACUGAAAAUGCUUUACGGUAGUUACGGGAUGGUCCACGCGAGAGUGUUUUUGAAUGUCAAACCUUUUGCCACGGUCACCCGUCCAAAGAUUUAAAGUGUUACUUGCGGUAUUUAAACACCAAAACUUGAAUUCUACUGAGGUUUCAUGAAUGUUUUGAAGUGAAGUGCAGCUUAUUUAUCGUUCAGAGACUUUGUUUGCUAAUAAAGACGUUUCUAUAUUGUG